AUGAACAUUUCGUUUGUUGCAUAACAAUCUUGUAAGAAAGGUGUUGAACAUAUCAAAAUUGCCGCGCUUAAGAUAGCAUUUAGAAUACUUAAGCAAAACAAUCCUCAUUAAAUGGAUUUGAAUAGAUCGCCAACAUUAAUAUAACCAAUUAGCAUAUACUCUGGAAAAUAAUCAAGUCAGGAGGCUCAAAUAUAAUAAAGAGAGGAUUUUGAAUAAGAGUCUAAGAAAUCAAAAUAAUUGACAUUUCUUUAAACAAAAGUAAGAUCAUCAACGACUCCUUAAUAAGACAUUUUAAGAUAAUAAGAAAAUGAUGAGAUUUUAGACAAUGACGUAUCAGUGAAUUAAUCAGAAUAGAAAGAAGUCACAAAAUUAAAAAAGAAAUCAUUUAUUUAAAAUAGAGACCCAUAAUAAGAGCUAUAAAGCCAUAGAUAAUCAGAGCAUCCAUUUUUGAAAUUUGGUGAUGCAUUUGUUAUAAAAACAAACGUAACAAUGUCUGGGAAGUAAUCAGAUGUACUGUUCCAUGAAUUGAUAUUAAUAGGGAAUUUAAAAUAUUCAGGUUCAAUAAAUUGUGUGAAUAUGUCAAAUCAAGUCAUCAAUAAUCCAUAUUCCCAUUAGCAGAAAUGCUUUUUUACAAUUCGAAAUCCAAGGACAAUAAAAAAUGAUUAAAGUCACAUAUGUUAUGGUUAGCGGAUAGUGUUAGUGAAUAUAAAGUCUAAAUUGAGUGUGAUGAUUAACUUGGAUAUGCCGUCUUAAGAGAGAGGGUCAUUUUCUGUGAAUCUAUCAUCUCAAAUAGGACAUUAGAAUAUAUUAAGAAUAAUGCCUAGUUCGAGUGCAAAGAAAGUAGGAGAUAAAAUUUAGUACAAUGAUUAAUUAUUCUUUUAAUAAGAUUCAAAUAGGUAAUAUUAUUUAAAACUCGAGAAGGAUGAAUCCAGAUAUUCGAGCAAUAAAUUUAUUGAUAUCAAUGCAAGUGAUUGUCCUGACAGUUUUCAACUUCAUAAAGUAAAACAUUAUCAAAACAACAUUGUGUAAAUAAUUCAUUAACAAUCCUAAAUUGCUGUUGGAACAAGUGAAAAAUAGUUACAAUCAUUUAUUGCAAAUAAAACAGCUCUUAUUACGAGUGGAACUAAUGAUCAAUAGUAAUCACAAUAGGAAUCAUUUGCAUUAAGAACUCUAGAUCUUAACAAAUACUUAGUAUAAGACUACGAAGCAUUAUCUAGUAAUCUACUUAACUCAUAUACGUAUUUUGAGAUUCAGCCAAUUUAUCCAUUCACUGAAUAGUUGGAAUAACCUAAUGCUUGCAAACUAAAAUCUCUUUUCACACAAUAAUAUUUAACUGUAGACCCUAAUGAUGAGAAAAGAUUAAAACUGACAUCAGGAUAUGUUUAAGAUGACUAUAGUGUAUUUUACAUUAAUCCUGAAUAGACUGGUCAAUAAGAAUCUAAUGAAUAAAUAGUUAGCAUUUAAAGUGCCUUGGGAACUUAUUUAUGUUUAACUUAGAAUGCCAAAUUUUAAUUUUAGCAAGUUUAAACUGAUUAAUCUCCUCAACUAUUUUCAGUCAAAUCUAUUGAUGUUUAAUCGUCUAACAUUUUGGAGGACUUUAAUGAAAUUUAAAUGAGAAUUCUGAAUUUUCAUGUGUAUCUAUAAUAAUGGUCAAUAGUGUCAGAUAAGAGGAAAUAAAAUGAUGAUAUUGUAUUAUUUGAUUACUUGAAAUCUCUAUCAUAGAAGUCUUAAUUAGAACAAGAAGUGUAUCAUUUACAAUUAUAAUUGGAUAAUCUUAAUAGUCUUUUGACAAUUAAGCCGAAUGAGCAUGAGAUAAAUAAUAACAACUAAAUAAAUUAUGCCUAAAAAUAAAAAGUGAUGAGAGAAUAGAAAAUAUUGGAACUCUUAUUUUCAUUAUUGAAAUUAAUAGACAAUAUUGUCUUCACAUCUUAAAAAGUGUUCCGAGAGAAGGAUAGAAGUCGUCUCUAUAAAACAGAUCGCCCACUCCCAUCUCAGUAAUCAGCAUCUUAUGUUGCAUUCAAAGUCUUAGCAUCCAUGCCAAUUUAAAUAUAUAGAAUAAUCUUGUUAUCAAUUAAGAAUAACUAAAUUAAUAGAAGAAUUGCAUUGGACAAUGACGAAUUCUUAUGCUAAUAAAUAAGGAGUUAUGGCCCAUAAGUAGCUGCUAUUUUGAGAGAGGCAGUUCGAGAUUAGACUAAUAUUGACUUAGCAGAUUGGGUUAAAUUAUUGGAGCCACUUAAUGAAAUUGGAAAUAAUAUUUAUGACAUGACAAUUUACUUGAAAAUCAUUUCGAUUGCCAUGGUUGAUUCGAAUAAUCAAGGAAUAAUAAGAUAUCAAAAGAAAGUAUGCAAGGAAUUGUUUUCAUAAGGAAAAAGUGGGAAAACCAAAUUUCUAUGUUUAUUUAAUAUCACUCAAUCAAAACCAACCUUUACACUAUUCAGAGAAGAAGCUUUAGCAGAUUUUCUGAUAAAAAAUCCAUCUUUGUCAUAAUUACAUUUAAUUCGACCGUCUGAAAACAAUGAAAUUGAAUUAUUCUCUUUAGAAGAAUUGGGGGAAAAAAUACUAUAUAAGAAAUCUCUACUAUAAUUCCUGAGUUACUUAACUGCAUGUGUGAAUCUUUUGGCUCAUCUAUGUAAAGGCAGGAAUAAAAAAUGCAUGAAAAAAGUGAAACAACUUGGUAUCUCAUCCAAUCACAUCUAACAGGUCAUAAAAUCAACUUUAAUUCCAUUAUCUAUGAAAAAUAGUUAUCUAAAGUUGUAUGAAGUUUUAUACAUAGAUAUAGAUCCAUUUUUACCAAUAGAUUCUCAAACAUGUUUUAUUUGGGGUUAACUAUAAAUGGAAAAAGACAAAAAGAUAGCUCAAAUUUUCAAUCAUUAAGUCGAACCUACAGAGGUUGAAAGAGUUAUAAAGGAGUUUGAGGAUAAAAUGUUACCCUUACUUUUUGAAUUAUUAACUAUAGGGCAGAGCUUUUAGGAAGGAUUGAUUCAAGUUAAAAAGAAGAAAAUGUAUGUUCGCUUGCCUUCAAUGAGUUCUAAUUAGGUUUCGACUGAGAAGGUUGAAUAGAAAAGCAAGGUUUCAUAAAAAAUCAAAUUCUUAACGACUCUCUAUCAUUUAAUAUAUAAAAUCAUAAAGUUUGGAUAUUUAACAGAAGAACAAAUAUGUAACAUAGUCAAACCAAUGCUAUAAAUUUUUGUACCCUUUUUAUCUUUGAAGGAAAAGUUAGCGUUGGAAGUCAAAGAGAGUUGGCUAAAUGAAUUAAUCAGUAGUGCUCUUUCUUUACAAUAAUAAGGGUUAGUGGAUCUAAUUGAUGAACUAUUUUUUAACGCGGGACUCUUGUUUAAGUAGUAUUUCAUUAUUUAAUUGAAUGUGUAAAUAUAAGAAUUCAUUAAACAUUUUUAAAGAUCUCAUUAAACCUAUUGUCUUUAAUCAUUAGAUAAACUUAUAUUUGAAAUUAAAGAUAUCAUAAGUAGGAUGUAAUUGGGAGAAAACAAAAAUUUAAUUUUAGGUUCAUUAUUGGGGUUCUACUUCUCAAAUUUUCUAUUCCAAAGCAAGGGUUUCAAAAUAUGUUAUGAAGCAUUAAACUAAGGAGUAAAUCAAUAAUGGAUUUAAAAAUUAAAAUAAGUUGAAAUAAUCCUAGAAGGUGAAGAAACUGAAUUGUAUCAAUAGUUAACAGGGAAUUCAAGCGAAUCCAUAUUUUCACCUACUAAAUUAGAAUUAUUAAUUUAAUAAUUAGAGGAUUAGUAAAAAAAAAAUUAGGAAGGAGUAGUUUAAUAAAAAGAGGAUAAAAAUCAGGAAAUCGAGAACCUCUUAAAUAAGUUAAUUAAUAGAAUUAAAGAAUUUAAAAUGGAUUAAUUCUAAUUAAAAAAAACCUAAAAUAUACUCAGAAAUUUAGGAGUACAUAAAUAAAUUCUUAGAUUGCUUAAAGUCUUUAAAGAGUUUAAUCCUACAUAGUAAAUCUGCAUAAACUUAUUGUGCUUGUUUUUAAUUAAUAAUAAAUUAAAUUGUGAAGAAAUAUAAGAUGAUAUCUUCAUUAUCAUAAAACUAGGAGCAAAUAAUAUUAAGGUGUCAAAAUUAGUUGGAGUGUUUUGUUAGAGUAUGGUAGAAAAAUAAAGUUUAAUAUAAUAAUUAGUCAAAUGCAUCUUCAGCACUAUGUAUGAGUACAAAUCAAGUUGUCAAUAGUUUUAUUAUGCUAUGUUGUCCAUUUUACAAAACAAAUAAAUUUCACCUGAGAGAUUGACUAUCAUAAAAAGGGAAAUAUUAAGUAAUUUAUUUAAAGUGCCUAACUUCAUUAAUGAACUUUAAUACUACAAACAAUUUAAUGAAAUUAAGAAUUAGAAUGAUGAAUAAUCAUUUUAUGGAUUGGAUUAUUAAAUAUUUUCAGCCUCAAAUUCAUUAACAGCCUAAGUCAUAAAAGAUUAUCCCUUAGGAGUUCAACAGAUCCAAGGUAUUUUAUUUACUGAAUAAAUUAAUUAAAUGAUACACAAUCCUGGAACCUCAUAUCUAAUGAAAUCAGAAUUAAUCAAAUUGGUUUAUGCCACUUAAAUUCAAACGAACCAUACUUUUUCUAUGCAAGAUAUGAGAGAACUGUUAUUGCUGAUAUUAAAUGACUUAUUGGCAUUUCCUAAAUAUCUGGAUGGGUUAGUAAAGACAUUUGAAUCAAAUUCUCCUGAGGAUAAGGAAAAUAUGAGAUAGGAUAUAUUCUAAAUAGAAUAUAUGAAGGACAAGUUAUUUUAGGAUACAGAGGAGAAAAAAAAGAACUUAUUAAAUUCAACUCUUGGAUUAACAAAUCAAAAUACUGCUGCCUAAUUAUAAUAAUAAUAAAUUAAUGAACAAAAGAGAAUUGUGAAUGAUUACACUGAAUAUUGGAAAUAUGUAUUAGCAAUUUCAAAUUGGUAGAAUAUUCAAUUUGGUGUUUUAACACUACUCUAGCAAUUAUUCAAUGAAAUAUAAAUCAGAAAAUGGAAUAUAUCUGAAAACUAACACAAUUAAUAAGCAUUUCAAAGUGAGUAAAUGAAUUAGGUAGUGGAAGAUUCUCUUUAUGAACCUUUGGCAUUAAUUAAAUUAAUUUUAGAAAGCAUGAGACAAACCUUGGUAAUUCUUGAAAUCUAAUUACUUACUCCAAAGUUUAGAGUGUAUUUGGCUUAGAUUUAAUUCUUUCUAUCAAAAUGCUUAACUCAAUGUCCCUUGGAUUCUAAUCUAAAGCACUUUAAAACAAUCAAAUAUGCCCAAGAACACAAAACUUAAAGAGCUAUCAAAAUGUAAAUAAAGGAAUAUAAACAAAGAAUGAAUUAGAAAUUUUCAUAAGAAGACCUUAAAAAACAUUUAUAUUAAUUUUAUGAGAAAUUAAGGAGAUAUAUGAUGGACAAUCACCUAACAAUUAGCGAAAUGAUGGAUAAGAUAAGAGGUGAGUUUUCAUUUCAUUAGGAUUUGCAGAUUCAGGAAGGGGAAUACAGUGUUGAUAAUGGUGAUAAACUAGUGAGCAGAGAUAAAUUUUGUAGUUUAUUCAACUAUAUUUUGGAUGAACAUUUUGGAGUGUUGAUCAAAUUAAAAUAAUUAAAAGUUCUACCUGACUUAGAUUAGUAUCUAACAUUUUAAGAUGCAGUCAUAUAUUAUGAAACCCAUAUGUAAACAAAAGAGUCAUCAAAGAGUUUGCUGGACUUAAAUAAAUUCUAUUAAUAAUUGACAAAUUAUUUUGAGAGCCAAAAGGGGAAACUCAAUAAAUAAGAUCAAAAGGAAGCCCAAAGAAAAUAAACAUUGUAAUAAACAUAUUAUCAAUAAAAGUCCAUCUUCAUUCAAUAAACAUUUAAUUAAUUUAUUUAUUAAUUUGAUUUAUUGAUCAAUCCAGAUAAUGUAUAUAAUCUAUAUAGAUUGGAUAAAUUAUUAUUUGAGGAUUUGUAGGAAUAAUUUCUAUUGAAACUUCAGAGUGACGAAGAAGUCAUAUAUACAUUUUCAAGAUUAUUAAAAGAAGAAGCUAGCUAAGAUAAAUUUCUAGCCUUGCAUAUAUUAAAUGAAAUAUUGUAAAAAGAGUAGAGCAUUAUUGAGAAAGAAAAGCUGAUUCAUUUUGCAUUAAAAUAAAUUCCAUUUCUUAUGAUAUAUUUAGAGGAAAAUGAUAAUGAAUAUGCUUUACAUUGUAUUAAAAAAGUUCAAUUAACUUUAUCAAUAUUUGAAUAAAUAUAAAAAAUGGAUGAAGGAUAGUUGGGAAAUAUGUUCUCGAAUGAAAGUUGUUUAUCAUUUCAUAAAUUCAUUUCAAGAGCAUUUAAUCAAGUUGAUAGAUUGUUAAGUUUGGAGCAACAUUCAAAACAGGUUACUAAGUCAAAUCAAUAAGGAUUUUUUAUUAGUAGAGUGGAUAUUUAAAACGAAAGAAAUUAUUUACUUGGCCAAUUUUUUAAGAUUAUAAUUUCAAUCUUAAGAUUUAUUGGAAAAUUAAUCUUAUAUAUUGAUAGAUGUUGCUAGUUUUGCGACUCUAAUAAUCAAUAAGUUUUAAUAGAGGAGGUAUUAUAUUUUACAUCCAAUUUUUAUAAUUAUAUCAAUAGAUCAUAAUUAACACAUAUAUGUACUGAGCUGGACAUACUUACAUUAUAUUCUGAGUGUCUAAAAUGCUUAAAUAACUUUUGUGAAGGAAAUCCACAAAAUUAAUAUCUAGUUUUUAGCCAUAAACCAUUAAUUUCAAUCAUCUAAUUUAUUAUAACAACAUAAAAAUAUGAUAUUCUAGCAGAUAACUUAUAAGAUAAUACUUUUAGAGUAUUAUUUAAAUCAGCUAUUUAAUUACUAUUGUAAGUCAAAUUAGAGGUACAUUAUAGUUAUACAGACUUAAAUUUUUAAAUGCUAUUUGAGAAACUAUUAAAGAUAUAUGAAUAAUUUGCUCCAAGACUGAAUAUUGUUAUGUAAGGAUAGAAAUGCAAUCAUGUAGAUAAUAUUAAUUGCACAAACUUAAAAUGCUAAUCAAACUUCAUUGCUGUUGGAGAGGUUGAAGUAUUAGGAAUUUGCUUUGACUUAAUUAUUUUAUUUAACAUUUUGAGUGAAAACAUUGAAAGUAUAGGAAAUUUUGAUAAGAAGAAGGACUAUUGGUAGACGUUGCGGGAUAGAGUAAUUGGAGAUUAACCUAAUGAAUUGUCAUUAAACUAAAAGCAAAAUUUAAAUUUUCUAAGAAUUUUCAUUAGUAUGAAGAAUUUUGUGAAAUAACAAGAGUUCAAUUAAAAACGAGUGGAGUUAUUGAAGGAAUAUUUGAAUUCAAAUGAUUCUAUAAUUGCUUCUCUAGAUAUAAAAGACUUAAGGACACAACAAAAAAUAAAUGUGAAAAAGAAAUCGACGCCUUUGAAGACUCCCCCCUUGGUAAAUAAACAGUAUACAAUGUUUGGUGAUAAUUCAAGUCCGAAAAGCAAGUUUAAAGAAAGCAUUUACAAAAUAACAAAUAAAAAAUAGUUUGUUAAGUAGUCCUUAGAUGAAGCAAUACCAUUCAAAAAGUUUGAUGAACAAGAUCAGGUUAUAGACCCUGCAGAAAAAAGGGAGAGCAAAAUUGAAUAGAAAUUAGAAGUGAUUGCAAUAAAUUGGUUAGAGGGUGCUUAAUAUAAUAAUCAAAGAGACAUCAUUAAGAAAAAUAUGUGUAUGAAGAUGGCUGAGGCUAUUAACUUUUUUAGUAAGUAUGUAGGAUAAAUAUAAAUCAGCCAACAUGAUGAGAAUAAGUUAUUAUAUUUUAUUCUACCUUUUCAAUCCUUCUUUUUAUUACAACAAACUACCAAAAAGGCUAAGAUGUUAAGAAUGAAGAGAGGCAGGUAUGAAUAGUUAAAAACUAUGUCUGAGUAUUUCUAAAAAGAAGUAGCAUUUCGUUAAAAUAUUUCGAAGUAUCCAAAAUUGAAUUGGUUUUCAAUCAACAUUCAUUUGCUGAAGAUAUUAAAUUACUUGAUAGUGCUUACACUAAAUUUAUGUUAUCUGGGUGAUUUAUAACGAAAGGUAAACAGUUUCUUUUUUAAGAGUCAAACAAUCGAAAUUAUUGUUAUCGUUUUAACAAUCAUUUUGAUAUUGUCAUCUGCUUUCGUACUAAUGAUUGAAAUUAUAAAUCAAUAACCAUAUAUAGCAUUUAGAGUUGAUUAUUAUAGAGAUCAAAACUAGGAAGAUGUGAACUUAGGGUUGAAAGGGACAGAAAGUCUAAAUUAGAUUUAUCCGGAUCCUCAAAAACAAAAGAAAACGAAUCUGAAACGUAAAAUGAAGAUGCAUCAAUAUCUAAAUUAAAAUAGAAUACUAGCUUAAAUCUCAAAUGUUACUUUUCUGUAUCAUUUAACUUAUUUGAUCUUAGCCGCUUUGUCUUUUCUUGCUUCACCAUUCAUUUCAUUACUAUUAUUUGAUAUAGUAUCAAGAGUGAAUAGUUUAAGAAAAGUGUUAUCAUCAGUACUUGUUAACUUUUGGAAGAUUCUACUCAUACUGUAUCUGACUUUGAUUGUGAUCCAUUGUUAUUCAUUUCUAGCAUUUGUAGUUGAAGAUGCUGAAGUAUUUCAUGAAGAAGAUACUGCUCGAUUUUCAUUCAUAUCUAAAUUCUGGAAGUUCUUUGGGAAUGGAUUCAGACUACAAAAUUCCUUUAAUUCUGAAGAUGAAACUCAUGAUUGGGGUAAUUACAUAUUUGUUGUUACAUUGUUUAUGCUCAUAUUCAUAUUGUGUUUCGCCCUCAUCAUCAGUAUAAUUAGUGGGUAAUACUCUCAUAGCAACUCAUUGUCAAAAAAUCAAAAGAGCAAGUCUUGUAAAAUUUGUGGGAUAUCCUAUGAUUAAUGCAGAGAAAAAAAUAUUAGUUGGCAGGAGCAUAUUGAAAAAGAACAUAAAUUAUCUUCUUAUUUGUUUUUCUUGAUUUGUUUACAAUAAAAGAGGGAAUUAAAUUAUUUGGAGAGAGAAAUUGCUAAGAAAAUUCAACAAAAAGAUAUGUCUUGGUUACCGAAAAAAUGA